GAACAACAUUUUCUGCUCGAGCAGGAUCGUGAUAGACGUAAAACUCAGCAAUGGCAAGAACCAAGCAGACCGCUCGUAAAUCCACCGGUGGUAAAGCCCCGAGGAAGCAGCUCGCUACUAAAGCCGCCCGGAAGAGCGCCCCAGCCACCGGCGGCGUCAAGAAGCCCCACCGUUACAGGCCCGGGACCGUGGCUCUCCGAGAGAUCCGCCGCUAUCAGAAGUCCACCGAGCUGCUGAUCCGCAAACUGCCUUUCCAGCGUCUGGUGCGAGAGAUCGCUCAGGAUUUCAAGACGGACCUGCGCUUCCAGAGCUCCGCCGUCAUGGCCCUGCAGGAGUCCAGCGAGGCUUAUCUGGUCGGUCUGUUCGAGGACACCAACCUGUGCGCCAUCCACGCCAAGAGAGUCACCAUCAUGCCCAAAGACAUCCAGCUGGCGCGCCGCAUCCGCGGAGAGCGCGCUUAAACCCGCCGCUGCAUCAGCCGCAGUAAACCCCAAAGGCUCUUUUAAGAGCCACCUACAUCACACUGAAUGAGAUCGUUUCCACUGGAACACCCAAUAUAAAACAUAGCAAAUAA